AUGCAAGCUGCUUCGAGCCUGAAGACUGAGUUCUCCUCGAAUCUAUAUCUUCACCUCUCAAAGAUCUGGCGUUUUGAUAGUAAUGUGGGUCCAGAAGAAGACAUGGAUCCUUCUUCAUUUCAAGGUCUUAUAGGCACUGAGUUUCCAAAAAAGAAAGGUCUUAAUGUAAGUGAAAGGCGAGAACUGAUCCACGCAUUGUCCAAGCAACCAGAAGAAGCUUCAGAGCUUUUAAACUCAUGGAGCCGUAACGAGAUAAUGAAGAUCAUAUGUGCAGAGAUGGGUAAAAAGAGGAACUACACUGGUCUUACAAAACCAAAACUCAUAGAAAACCUACUCAAUCUUGUCUCUCGUCCUCUCGGUGAAACCUCUUGUUCUAACCAUAAAAGCUCGAGGAAGAAGCAGAAGAUGACUAGUUACAUCAUCUGCUGCGAGAAUUUAGCUUGUAGAGCUGCGCUUGGAAGUGAAGAUAGCUUUUGUAGAAGAUGUUCUUGUUGUGUUUGUCAGAACUUUGAUGAUAAUAAAGAUCCGAGUCUAUGGAUUGCUUGUGAGGGUUGUGGAUUGUCAUGUCAUUUGGAGUGUGCUUUGAAGCAAGAGGGUUAUGGGAUUGGGUGUGAUGAUGGAGGAAGAGGUCUUGAUGGUAUGUUUCAUUGCGUGUUCUGUGGCAAAGACAGUGACUUGCUCGGAUGUUGGAGGAAGCAAGUGAAGGUGGCGAAAGAGACUAGGCGUGUGGAUGUUCUUUGUUACCGUAUUUCUUUAGGACAGAAGCUGUUGAGAGGUACAAGGAGGUAUCCAAAUCUGUUGGAACUCAUGGAUGAUGCGGUGAAGAAGCUGGAGGGUGAUGUGGGUCCUUCAUCGGGUUGGGAGAUGAAGAUGGCUCGGGGUAUCGUCAAUAGACUUGCUUCGGGAUCACAAGUUCAGAAGCUGUGUUCUAUGGCAAUGGAAGCUCUGGACAAAAUGGUCUCACCAACUUCAGAAUCUGUUUCAGGACAAGGUGACAAGAUGAGCGUGAGAGUAGAAGAGAUUCAAGCAAGAUCAGUCACUGUGAGAUUAGACCACGAGGAGCCGUCUUCUUCUACGCAAAAUCGGAUCAUUGGUUUCAGGUUGUUUUGUCGAAAGAUGAAGGACAGAGAGUGCUCUACUCAGGUGAACUCUGUUGUUUAUCUACCUGAGACGAGGUCUACCAUCCGAGGACUUGAACCAGAGACUGAGUUCUGUCUCAGAGUCGUGGCAUUUAACAAGGAAGGUGACUUAGAUGAGUCUGCGCUUCAGUUCUCAACGUUGAAGGAUCAUGGAGACAAACCUUUGAGCAGUGGUCUUUGUAGUAAUCCAUCUUUACCCGACGAGGAAUUCAACAGUGUCCGUAAAAGCUGCAGCAUAGAAAAUGAUGGCAAUGACAACAUUGAACUCUGCAGUGGAGGAGAAGUUGAAUCUGAGCUUGAAGACGAGAGGCUGGUAAAAAGGAAAGUCAACGAGAUAGAGGGAAGAGACUUGAUUGUAACACCCUGCAAGAGUGAUACAUUCAACGGCAAGCAAGGAGGGAACAAUAAAAGAUCCAAAUCAAGAACAACAAUGGAGAAACCUGAGACCAAUGGAGUGGAAGAUAAAGACUUGGGUCAUAUAGUGAAGACCAUUAGAUGGUUAGAGCAAGAAGAGCAUAUAGACAAGAGUUUCAGGGAAAGGUUCCUGACUUGGUAUAGCUUAAGAGCUACUCAUCGAGAAGUUAGAGUUGUGAAGGUCUUUGUAGAGACAUUCAUGGAUGAUCCGUCUUCUUUGGGACAACAGCUUGUAGACACAUUCUCAGAAUGUAUACAGAGUAAGGGAUUAUCAAAAACUGGUGCUGUACCUGCUGGAGUCUGCCUCAAGCUCUGGCAUUAA